UUAAGGAAGUUUGAUAUCUUUUAGUUGGAAUUAAAUCGAAUACCAGCUUGAAAAUUAUUAUUAUGAUUCGUUUCCUUUGUUAAUGGUUCUAUUUCCUGGUCUGAACCUCAAUUUUAUUUAUUUCUUCCAUCGUUUCCUAGAUCAUAAAUCUAUAUAUAUUCCUGUCUUUCGGGUGAAGAUUCGUUUCCUAACUUGUACUUUAUGAAACUAGAAUGGCUUUUCUUCUUUGUGACCAGCCUGUUCCUAUAAAUUGAAGGCUUUUGCAUGUUAUUACAUACUUGUGUGAGGUUUCUGGUAAUUUUCACUGAGGCUGGAGCCGGAGAAGAAAAGGAUAAUCUAUGGCGGACGGCGCAGGAAACGGUUUGGAAUGCCAGAAGAUUAUGGAUGGGAAGGUGAAUAAUGGGAAUGGCUCAGAGAAGGCUAUUCCUUCGUGUUGCUUGAAGGCUAGGGCUUCCGCACCUGAGCAUGAUGCCAAAUGCCAUUCUACUGUUGUUUCUGGGUGGUUCUCAGAAUCUCAUUCAUGUUCUGGUAAAGCUACCAAAACGGUUUACUUCAACAACCCGAUGUGGCCUGGAGAGGCGCAUUCUUUAGAAGUAAAAAACAUUUUGUACCAGAGCAAGUCAGAGUACCAAGAAGUCUUGGUUUUUGAGUCAUCUGCAUAUGGCAAAGUGCUUGUUCUGGAUGGCAUUGUCCAGUUGACUGAGAAAGAUGAGUGUGCAUACCAGGAGAUGAUAGCUCAUCUUCCGCUUUGUUCAAUUCCAUCACCCAAAUCCGUUCUGGUUGUUGGCGGAGGUGAUGGUGGGGUUCUUAGGGAAAUUUCUCGCCAUAGUUCUGUGGAGCUCAUUGAUAUUUGUGAGAUAGAUAAGAUGGUUAUAGAUGUAAGUAAGGAGUUUUUCCCAGAAUUAGCUGUUGGAUUUGAGGAUCCUCGCGUCCGGCUUCAUGUAGGUGAUGCUGUAGAGUUUCUUCGGCUUGCACCUGAAGGGAAGUAUGAUGCAAUUAUUGUUGAUUCAUCAGACCCUGUUGGUCCUGCUCAAGAGCUUGUAGAGAAGCCUUUCUUUCAGACGAUAGCUAGAGCUUUAAGGCCUGGUGGUGUCCUUUGUAACAUGGCAGAAAGUAUGUGGCUCCAUACACAUCUUAUUCAGGAUAUGAUUGCUAUCUGCCGAGAAACAUUCAAGGGCUCUGUCCACUAUGCCUGGGCAAGUGUUCCAACAUAUCCAAGUGGUGUGAUUGGAUUUCUGUUAUGCUCAACAGAGGGACCACCUGUUGAUUUCUUGAAUCCUAUCAAUCCUAUUGAGAAGUUAGAAGGAGCAACCAAGUAUAAAAGAGAACUUAGGUUCUAUAACUCAGAGAUGCACUCAGCUGCUUUUGCAUUGCCAACAUUUUUGAAGGAGGAGGUCAGCGUGCUACAAAAUUCUCCAAACCCUGCGAAAGGAAUUCACAUUUCCUAAUCUAGUUUGGCUCUGCCUAUUAGAAAUUUAAGUGUGCAACUACUUGUUUAUGGGACUGAUUUUAGGCAGUUUUACACGUAUAGAUGUGCCCUGCCCUGCCUUGGACAGGAUUUUAUAAUGUCAUAUAUAUUGUGGUGCGGCUUUACUAGCUGAUGAUUUCUUAGCGAUUGUUUUAAGUUAUGUCAAUGUUGAAUCUGAGGCCAACAGUAAUAAAUAUCGGUUACAUGUUCUUACUCUA